ACAGCUUAACAUUGCUAUUAAAAUCAUGGGAAUAAUUUGCCAAAUUUUGUUUCACAACAAUACGCAAGGAGUCUACUACGCGGGUCAAUCGAUUUCUGGACAGGUGACUCUUUGUACGGACAAGUUGAUUCAAAUUAAAGCGAUCAGGCUUAAGGUUAAAGGAUUUGCCGAGACGCAUUGGACCGAAAGCAAAACUGAUUCGAACAACAAGUCCACCUCAGAAUCGUACAAUGGAUUUGAGAAAUACCUUUCCAGUAAAUCUUAUCUGUUGGGCUCUGAAAUAAGCACCGAAAUAGCUUUGGAGCCCGGAACCAGGGCAUAUACUUUUUCUUGUCAAAUUCCAAUCAACUGUCCCUCAUCGUUCGAGGGAACGCAUGGUCGCAUACGUUAUAUGGUGGAUGUCAGUAUAAUACAGCCCUGGAAGUACGACAGUCUUUUUUCAAGAGCCUUUACUGUAAUUCAAGUUAUGGACACAAACACAUAUGCGACUGUUUCUCAGGUUCCCGUGCAGGCCAGGACUGAGAAGACCUUUGGGGUGUGGCCCUUCCGCUCGGAUCCGCUGACCCUUGAGCUGAACUUGCCGCAGACUGGUUUUGUGCCCGGACAGACGGUCCCCGUGAAUGUUUUGGUUGGUAACGAAAGCAAAAUCCGGGUGCACGAAGUGAAGGUCGGCCUGGCCAUGAUGAUCACCUACUACAGCGACCUGAGCUCAGGCACAAACAGUGAGCGAAAGUCCGUGGCCAAGCUGAAGGCCGACGGGGUCAUGAGGAAUUCCCGGAAAAUGUACGACUUUCAACUGCUGAUUCCUCCCACUCCGCCCUCCUGCUUCCAUCUGUGCCGCAUCAUAAAGGUCGGCUACCAGAUCGAAGUUGUAGCCAAGGUCAAGGGCAUGCAUAUCAACGGAACUCUGGUGAUGCCGGUGACAAUUUGUGGGGUUCCGAUAGCGCCGCAAAUGGUGCAUUAUACACCUUAUAGUUCUGGGCCCCAGGCUGCAGACCAACGAUCUUUAGCUCUGCUUGAGGAUGAGGGUGCUUGUGCUCCAGCAGAUCCUCCGUAUCCGUGGUCAGAGGGUUCCAUCCAAUCACCACCCAGCUAUGCUGAGGCAAUUCAUUUGCAACCUGACACGGAGAAGCCCAAACAAGGACAGCCAGAAUCAAAAGAUCUAGAAGAGAAGUCCUUUAAGCCACUAUAUCCGGUCUUUAAUGUACCAACCCAAACUGGGGCAAAGGUUGAAAAGGCUAUUUUGGACAAAGGGGAAAAAAAUGAGUGAGGCCGAGAAAAAUAGUUCAAAUUUGAGAAUAAUUGGUCACCAUUUUCUUCGGUUGCUUAUCAAGGAAUCCUUGGGCUUUUCCCGGUUCUGUGGAGGGUUAUUUAUUGCGCGGCUGCACUUUGCGAAAUGUUUAAAUCAAAAAAUUGUGACAGCGAUAAGAUAAAAGUUGGCCUGGCCAUCGCUACCAAUAUGAAAAACCAUC